UACAAAAAUCAGAAUUCAGAUCCUUCAUUUUUUAAUAUAAAAUCUCCUUCUUUCUUUGCAGUUUGCAGUGAAAUAUUGUAUUUCAAUGUAAAUUAAAAGUACAUCUCAAGUCAAUAAUCUAGUAUCCACACUUCGUUAUUUGUUUGUUUGAUAGAACAAAUUUUAUUCACAUUUUACACUAUUAACCAGAUAUUUUAUUUAUCUAUACUAGAGACCAUGGAUGAUAAAGAGGUCAUUGAUAAUUCUGCUAAAACAGAAACAAUUGAAUCUGAAAGUAUAAAUUCUGAUCAACUAGCUACUGUAGAAUCAAAAAGUGAACCUUCUACAGUUGAUCAAGAGAACAAGGAAUUAAUAACUAAACCUGAACCAGAAUCAGCACCAGCAACAGCAUCAGAACCCGAACCAGAACAAAUAUCCACCGAGAGUACUGAUAAAGUUAAAGAACCUGAGAAAUUAGAAUUAGUUGCUGAUAAAACAUCAGAAGAUGUUGAAAAAGUUGAAAAUACUACAAGCGUAGUAAGCGAUCCAAUACAGCAAGACAGUGUUGUUGAUCAACCUGCGCCAGUUUCAGAAAAAUUAUUAACAACAUCUGAUAAUCAAAUGGAAUCAGCAGGUCCUACUCAAGAUAAUUUAAUUGAACCCACUCAAGAUCAAAUUGUACCAGUUAGUCAAGAAAGUUUAAUAAAAGACAGUCAACAAGUUAUUCCUGUCACUAGUGUCACCGAUUCAGCCUUAAAUAAUGAUUUAAAACUUGAAGAUAAUGGAGUGGAUUUAGAUCAACAAUCAGUAUUAAGUAUGAAAGAUUCAGAAUUAAAAGACUUGGUGAUGAGGGAAUUAUCUGAAUUUUUAACUGAUGAACCAUCACAAAAUGUUGGACCUACCCUACUUGAAAUAAAGUCAGAACUUAUUAAAAAUGAUGACCAAAUUAAAAUUGAAAAUCUUGAAAAUUCUUUAUGCAAGGUUGAGAAGACUGAUCAGAAAGAAGAGAAAAAAUCUGAAAAUGAUAUUGCUGAUGCAUUGUCAACAUUAGCGACUGCUGCUUUAAAUCAGGCACCUCCUACUAAUGGAACUGCAGAAGGUGUAAUAUCAAAAUCUGUUCAGCCAACAGUACAAGUUAAACAAGAAGGACCAGCAUGGUGUGAUGUUGGUGUAAUUAAAGGAACUACUUGUUUGGUGAAACAAUUUUAUUCGACUUCUACUACUGAUGAACAUGAAAAUACUAGCUUAGAUCAUUUACCAGAUUAUACACAUAAAUUAAAAAUUGAUAUUCAACCAGGUACAGCUUACAAACUUCGUAUAGCUGCUAUAAAUACUUGUGGCCGUGGAGAAUGGAGUGAAAUAUCUGCAUUUAAGACUUGUUUACCGGGUUACCCAGGUGCUCCAUCUGCUAUUAAAAUUACAAAAGCACCAGAUGGUGCUAGUUUAACAUGGGAAGCCCCUCCUACUAGUUCUGGUAAGAUUUUAGAAUAUUCUGUUUGUUUGGCAAUUAAAAGUGCUAAGGAUAUACCACACCAAAGUCCAAAACCAACUUCAACAAAUUUAAAUUUUGUUCGUGUUUAUUGUGGACCUCAUAAUGCUGCUGUGGUUAGUCACGAGUCACUUGGGGCCGCACUAAUUGAUAGGACUAAUAAGCCUGCUAUAAUAUUUCGAAUUGCUGCAAAAAAUGAAAAAGGAUAUGGACCAGCUACACAAGUUAGAUGGUUACAAGACAGCAAUGUACCUGGAUCAAAUAAAAAUCCUUCAAUGAAAAGAGAAAAGAGUGUUAAUCUUUUAACUGGUGUUCCUAAAAGGCCCAAAAUGUAAUAAUUUGACAAAUUUUAAAUUAAUAUUCUUAUUAUUUCACAUGUUCUGAUUAUGAUUUUAUGUACACUUAUUAAUUAAUGUACAAUAUUGUGUAUUAAUGAAAUUGGUUUUCAUUUAUUAAGGGAAAUUAUUAUAUUUUAUUAUUAAUAAAUAAACCAAUAUUUUAUUAAUUAAUAAUUUAACAUUAGGUAUGGAAAAUAUACAAUAAAAGAUAUUUUUGUUCUAUAAUAACAUUUUUUGUAAGAGAUUAUUUUAUAAUUUUAAAUAUUAGACACCUAAUUUUACUAGCUUUAUAUAAUAUGUAUUCUAGUAAACUAGUUGUUGUUUGAUUUAUAAUGAUGAAUCCAUGGAUAUGAAUAUUAUUAUAUAUAUUUGCUUACUUGAUUAAAUUGUACAGCAUGUAUUAUUUGUAUUUAUGUGUAAUAUUAUAUUUGUAUAGAUGUUUCAUAAACAUGCUCCCGAACGUACCUAAUAAAGAAUCAAUCUUAUCCCCUCUGAAAAUAUUUAUUGGCUCAUAAGGCCUUAAGAUAGUAGUUAAUUGGAAUAAAUUAAAUAAAUCUUCUGGAGGUGAUCAGUAUAUAUCAUAUUUUACAUCACUUUUUCAAAGUACUAAGUUUCAACCAACUGAAAUUAAUAAAAAAACUUGAUGAAACUAUAAAUUAUUGCGCACAUCAUCAUUGGUCAUUUAUUGUUAAAUGUAUUACCAGCAAAAUAUUUGAAUGUAUCCACUAAUCCAUCUGUUAAUCUUACUAUCAAGUUAUGAAUAAAAUAUAAUAUGCUUAAUGUUUAUAUUAUAAUGUCCAUGGAAUAAAUUACAAAAUAAUUCUUUAAAUAUUCCUAGCCCAAACUUUAUAUCUGAUAUUAAUAUUCUUAUUCCUUAUGCAUUUAAAAUAUUUACGAGAUAUUAAAAGAAUUUUAAAUUAUAGAUUGUCUCGGACAAGACGUUAAGUAAAAUGUUCAUUUAGAAUAUUAUCGAAUAAGUAAAGAAUAUUCCAUCGACCAAUUGAUGUUAAUAUGGAAUUUACUAUCGAUGUUGUUAAAAUAUGUUGUGUAUUACAUAAUUUUGCAUGGGACCGUGAUGGUUUUAAGUUUUAAAAUUACAGGAAUAUAAAUUAUGGGCGUGCUAGGAUUUCAAUCAGGGGGAGGGGGGAAAUUAAAACAAGAUUAUAAAAAUGCCAAUAAUAAUUAUAAAAAAAAAAUUGUUUUAAUUCAUUUUAAUGCCCCUUCUGCCACACCCUCGCUAUGAUCAUGAAUAUAAUAAACUUUGAGUAUGAUAAUAAUGUAGGUAUACAUAAAUGUUAAAUAGGGCAGUAAAUUGAUAUCGGGACCCUCUUAACUUUUUUGUUUCUAACACGGCGUUUACCUUGGUAAAAUGAAAUAAAUUUAACUACUCUACUCAUUCAUUAUAUAAUAAUAAUAUUAUGUAUUAUUUUUACUUAUAUGUUAUAAUUUUUUAAUUACCUGUAUCGUGUCUUGAUUUAUUAUUUUCCAUAAAUAAUUAUUAUAAACCAAAUUUGGUUAUAUGAAUAUGAUUUGUAUCUACUAA